AUGAUAUGGAAGAACAAUCUUGAUGUUGAAAUUAUGGACUAUUCCAUUCACCAUAUCAAUGCUACAAUCAAGCCUACUAGUGGCUCUUUUUGGCUUUUUACUGGUUUUUAUGGCAUCCCAUAUGAUACUCCAAGUAAACUUCACUCUUGGAAAGCCUUGGAGACAACAACUACCAAUCACUCACUCCCUUGGUUGGUUAUUGGAUAUUUCAAUUUCAUCUUGCAUGAUAAUGAAAAAUACAGUACUCAACCAUUGGACAAUAUAGAAGCUAAUAUUUUUAGUAACAAAAUUGUGGACUUGGAUCUAAUUGACUUAGGCAGUACAGGCUGCCCUUUCACUUGGUCUAAUAAGAGAAGUGGUCCUGCUCUCACUGAGCAGAGAUUGGAUAGAGGACUUGCCACUGAAUCCUGGCUUCUCUUAUAUCCAAAUUCCACUAUCUCUAAUCUUGUAGCAAUUAGAUCUGAUCACCACCCCAUUCUUCUUAACACUAAUCCUCAUUGGUGUACUGGUAAAAUUCCUUUCAAGUUCUUUGGUCCCUGGUUGGACCAUAAGGACUGUAAGGAUAUUAAUCUUGAAUGCUGGCAGAGAAAUCUGUCUGGUUCUAGUGCUUUCGUCAUUGCUAGAAAGCUCAAAGACAUUAAGUUGAAACUUAAAGUUCGGAACAAAGAAGUUUAUGGCAACAUAAAGUCAAAUAUUGAAGAAAGUAAGCAACAUCUACAUUAA